CAUAUUGACAAUACAUCGCCCUGCUCUGGACUUCUUUGUGACUAUUUCUGGUUGUUGCUGCAUUCUGGUUGCGUUGGAUCACGUUUUCAACCGUACCAAGCCAUUCAGCACCAAGAAAAUGAGUGCAAGCAAGUAACUGAUGCACCACUUGAGACAUCAGUCAUGUGGUUCAGUGUAGUUUUGGUGUUUCUUCCUAUCAUUGGUGGCGCGCGUGUGUACCUGGACAACGAUGGCCCGGCGGUGGUGGGGGCGCCCAUCAUGUUCACGGCCCGUGUCGAGCUGGACGGUGAUGAAGACCGCCCCAGCGAGCUCAUAUACGAGUGGGCCGACAACGCGUCUCCCCAGCACUACAACAAGUCGGAGCCGACGUCGUCACUGCAGGCCACCAUGCUGGUGGUGUUCAACGUCAACGACCUGUUCGGCUACUACACGAUGACGGUGACGGUGAAGGAGCCGCGCACCAUCCUGCCCGACAGCGUCAUCGGCGAGCAGUCCACCCUGUACAGCAUCACAGUGAACCUGAACGGCCACAUCGAGCUGUCGCAGCCGGGCGUGUCGCAGCGCGAGCCGGGCCACGUCAGCACCGCCAACGAGACGCGCCUGACGGUACGCUUCCGUGACCCGCACCACUUCCUCGACUCGGCCAGCAAGAUCGAGUACUUCUGGUCCGUCAACGACCGCCGAAACCUGGGGCCGUUCGUCCACCCCGACCUCAGCUACAACUUCACCAAGCUGGGCUCGAACUUCGCGCGUUGCAUCGCCGUGGCGCACUUCGACAAGAACGUGACGGCCGGCACCGGCAGCGACUCGAGCAAGUGGGGCCUGUUCUCACUCAGCUUCCUCGUGGACGCGCCGAUCACGGUGGUGAAUGUGUCGGGCAACAACUGGCUGAAGCACGGCGAGCUGCUCAACCUGACUGUUCACUGCAACGGCACCGGGCCCUGGAACUACUGCGUCAACGUCUACAGCGGCCGCUACAACGUCACUGGGAACGAGACGUGCCCGUACCCGAGCGUCACGGCCGAGUGUAGCGUCGGCAUCGUGCGCUACCUGCGGGACAACGGCACCUACACGGCCGUCAGCGUGCUCUCAAACGCCGUCAGCCGGCGGGUGACGCCUGUCGCCAUCACCGUCUACACGGCGGCGCGCCAGUCGCAGCUGUCGUACUACAUCAUCCCGCUGAGCUGCGCGCUGGCCGCACUUGUCUUCAUCCUGUUCGGCUCCAUCAAACUGAUUCGGUCACGGCGAGACUACAACCUGGAGAUCGCCGACUUCGACUUCAGUCAGCCGGAGGCGCUGAACCACCCGUCGUUCGGGCGCCGGCUGCUGGCCAGCCUGUGGCCGGGAGGCGCGCGCCACGCCACUGGAGCCGCCGGCGCCGAGUCGGACGCCAUCCUGCCGCGCGGCCGCACGCACCGGCGGAGCUACGGCCUCGUCGAGGACUACGAGGAGGACUGACGCAGCACGGCGGGCGUGUGACGGCCGGCGGCGACGGCGGCGGCCCGGAACGGCCGAGGGCACCCGGAGCCGGCACAGACUCGGUGUGGACUCACGCGGCGUCUCGGCAACAGAGAGAUGUGGCUCGAGGAGGACCGCCGGGAGUGAUGAGGGAAGGGCCUGCCAGCGGUGAGGACUGGGGGCUGGUAGGAGGUCCGCACGUGCGCUGCCGGCUUUUCAGCCCGGCGUGGACACCCCGGCGCUGGCUCGGCACCACGCGGAGUCUGCCGGGAGUUCCUGAGGCCACGACCUUUCUGGGCACACAUUACUAUUGAUAGGCCUACCCAUUGCUGUAUUACACUAGGCGAAUCGCGAUGUCGCGCGGUGAGAUCACAUUGUUAAAGAUGUUUAUGCGGGAGAAGCAUGCGUAUUUAGGUAUCCAUAUGUGCUAUUUUUGACACUGUAACGCAUCCGUGCGCGGAUAAAUGGCGUCGGGUUUUGUGGAUGAGUGAUGCUGCAGGCUGGCUAUGGCGGCAACCGCUUGUGCUGUCGAUUUGCGGGGACAGUCGUUGAAAUUUAACCCUAUCGCAGUGGAUUUGAACCGUUAACGCAGUAAAGCUUGCCCCGAUUUUGGUAAGUCACUCGAAAUCGGACAGGAGACAGCUAAGUCAUGGAAGAACGUAAUGGAAUCCUUUGUCUUGUCAUGGGUGGAGGCUACGGCUGGGCCGGGUCAGCGGGGACAAAUGUGGCCUCGGUGGAGGCUACGGCCGGACUCGGGUGCGCGGGAGACCGCUGCGGCCUCGGACUGCUGCCCGAUAUUCGUCCACGUUUUCCAAAACCGGGACAGGCUCCUGCGGUUUACCGUCAAGGCCCCAUGCGAGCGGUCCCAGCCUCGGACGGUUGUGCUCAAAACGCGACGACCAGAGGCUGCCGCCUGCGAGAAUCUGAUACCACCAGCAGGGCGCCCGGUGGAGCGCUGGCUGGCAGUGCUUGUCAGUGUAGGCCUGCCACCGGCUCGCCGCGCCGCCGCCGGCGCGUCCGCCGUCCCGCGGUAGGGCCUGCGAGCCGCGUGUGUCCCGGCGCGAGCGGCCAGCCCGGUGGCCCGUACCUCUCCGUGAUCUGGCGCAGAAACAGCGCGACCUCGACGGGGAUCUGCGCAGGCGAGAGCGCCUCCGCUCCGCUUGUGUAUGGCGCGCCAUAUCGUAACCGGGCCAAGGUCAUUGGUGGCGCGCCUCCGCUGGUCUCAAGGACGCGUGGGCGCCUCCGUUCGGGAGAAAUUGGGCGAAACUGGCGCGUGACUGUUCUGAGCUUCCUCUCGCCCCGGUAUAUUUGGCGUGGAUGUGUACGCUGAGACGUGGAUUCGGAGUUAGCUCAUCAGACCGCAUGGCCGAAGAAAGCAUGACAUGACUGGCUAGCAUUGGAUUGCAGGGGCUGUUUAUCGUGGUUGCUGUGCUGUAUGAUGUUUGACCGAGUACGACCCGCGGCCGACGAACGCGUGCGAUUGACGCUAACGCGGCUUUUGCAGACAUUGCAGUCGCCUGUCCCCGGUCUGUGUGCUGUCGUGCGGUCUGCGUACUGUGCCGGCUGGGUCCGCCGCUGUCCUGUGCGCUCCGCUGGCUGGAUCUCGAGUCCUCUGCGAGUUUGGCGCGAGGCUGAUGCGACCAGAGGCGCCGUACUCGACCGUAGCCCGUCCCACAUUCCCUGUAUGCUGGCACGCGGGCGGGCUUCGCCGCAAGACCCCAUCGCUUAGUGUCCGCUGCGACUCGCUGCUGUGUUGACGCACGGCCGGUGGAGCGGUUGUGGUGGCGCCGCGGAGAUACCGUUCUCGCCAUAUUCGCCGCCGUGUGCAGAGACACGGCCCGCUGGCCUGUAGCCGGUGCAGCGGCACCGAGGUGCUCCCGGCGCUCCGGGGCCCGGCACAAUAUGGACGUCUUUCAGUGGCCCGUUCUGAAGACGGUUUAGAAACGUUUGCGGGAGCCACGUCGAUCCAAAUAUACAUAUAUAUCUGA